AUGGCCUUCUCCCAGGUGCAGUGUCUAGACGACAGCCACGUGAACUGGCGCUCCAGCGAGUCCAAGCCCGAGUUCUUCUACAGCGAGGAGCAGCGGCUGGCCCUGGAGGCCCUGGCGGCCCGCGGCCCCGAAGCAUUCUACGAGGUGCUGAAGCGAGAGAACAUCCGCGACUUCCUCUCGGAGUUGGAGCUCCAGCGCAUCCUGGAGACCAUUGAGGUGUAUGACCCUGGCUCCGAGGACCCGCGGGGCGCUGGCGGGCUUCGGAGGCCGGAGGACGCCAGCGGUGAGCGCGAGGGGGCCAGCGAGGUGGGCGGCGAUGCCCCCACGGCGACCGAACCGCUACCCUCACUGGAGUACUGGCCCCAGAAGUCGGACCGCUCCAUCCCCCAGCUGGACCUGGGCUGGCCAGACACCAUCGCCUACCGUGGUGUGACGCGGGCCAGCGUCUACAUGCAGCCUCCUAUCGAUGGGCAGACUCACAUCAAGGAGGUGGUGCGCAAGAUGAUCAGCCAAGCCCAGAAGGUAAUUGCUGUGGUCAUGGACAUGUUUACCGAUGUGGACAUCUUCAAGGACCUGCUGGAUGCCGGCUUCAAGAGGAAGGUGGCUGUGUACAUCAUCGUGGAUGAGAGCAGUGUCAAGUACUUCCUGCACAUGUGUGAGCGGGCCCGCAUGCACCUAGGUCACCUCAAGAACCUCAGAGUGCGGAGCAGUGGGGGCACAGAGUUCUUCACCCGAUCAGCAACCAAGUUCAAGGGAGCACUAGCCCAGAAGUUCAUGUUUGUGGAUGGAGACCGUGCUGUGUGCGGCUCUUACAGCUUCACAUGGUCAGCCGCCAGGACAGACCGGAACGUGAUCUCAGUGCUGUCUGGCCAGGUGGUGGAGAUGUUUGACCGGCAGUUCCAGGAAUUGUAUCUCACUUCACAUAGUGUCAGCCUCAAAAGUGUCCCCAUGGAAAAGGAGCCUGAGCCCGAGCCCAUCGUGCUGCCCUCUGUGGUCCCCCUGGUGCCUGCAGGCACUGUGGCCAAGAAACUCGUCAAUCCCAAGUAUGCACUGGUCAAAGCCAAGAGUGCUGAUGAGCUCGCCAAGACCUGUUCUGAGAAACCAGAUGCCAAGAGGCCCUCAGGGCCACAGGGCCCAGUGCUGGUGGAACGGCCCAGUGACCUCCCCGAGCUUCCCCCACCUGUGCACCCAGGGCUGCUAAACCUAGAACGUGCCAACAUGUUUGAGUACCUGCCCACAUGGGUAGAGCCAGACCCCGAGCCAGGCAGUGACAUCCUGGGCUACAUCAACAUCAUUGACCCCAACAUCUGGAACCCUCAGCCCAGCCAAAUGAACCGCAUCAAGAUCUGCGACACGUCCCAGCACCAGGCAUGGAAGCAAAUUCAGGGCUGCAGUCCUACCACAGUACCUGACCCAGACCCCCAGGAUGGGGCCCCUGCCACCAAUGGCCUCCUCCAGGAGGACCCUGAGCCAAUACCACCUGUACCCAAGCCCCGGACAGUCCCCGUGGCAGACCUGCUUGCCCAGGAGGAUGGUGGUAUUGGUUGGACCCCAGAGACCCCAAACAAGGAGGCCCCCCAGAAUGGGACUGACCAUGGGCCAUCCCAGGAGGUGGACCCAGGCCAUACCCCACUCCAGCGGCAGUUGUCUAUGAUCCAGGAUGACCCCGACAGUCUAAGGGCAGGGGUCCCCAACGGGCUGGAUGGGGAGGAGGAGGAAGAUGAUGAUGACUAUGUGACCCUCAGUGACCAGGACAGCCUCUCGGGCAGCUCUGGCCAUGGCCCUGGCCCUCGGCGGCCCUCAGUGGCCUCCUCCAUGUCAGAUGAGUAUUUUGAGGUGAGGGAGCGCUCAGUCUCUCUCCGUAGGCGCCACUCAGAGCAGGUGGCUAAUGGGGCAGCCCUUGUCCCCCGCCGACAACUGAGUGCCCCCCAUGUGAGCCGAGGGACCUUUGGUGGGCCCAUGAUGGGCUCCCCAUGGGCACAGAGUCAGGCAAGAGAAGAGGCAGAUACUUUGAGGAGGAUGCAAGCCCAGCCAUCAUCAGACAAGGAGACACAGGGCCAGCAGUUACACCAUUACAGGGUUCCUGCCCCCGUAAUGGAUAGAUUCAUACGGUCACUGAGGACUCCAGGACCCCAGCAAUUCUACCCUGCAGCUGACAACACCCAGAGCUCCCCCAGAAAAGCAGGCCCUCACCACUGGCAAGCCAAGGGGGGCCUGAUACCCCGCACCCUGCCAGAUCCCAGGAGCUCAAGACCAGGCCGGAAUGCUGGCCCCUUGGCUGAUGGCAGGGCAACUGAGGAGCAUCAAAGUCCCUUUGGAAUCCCGUACUCCAAAUUGUCCCAGUCUAAGCAUCUCAAGGCCAGGACAGGUGGUGGCCAGUGGGCCUCAUCUGACUCCAAACGGAGGACCCAGGCCUCCAGGGACCACAAAGACCCCUAG